UCGCUCUCUGUCUCCUGCCUGCGCGCUCACUCUCUCUCUCUCUCUCUCUCUCUCUCUCUCUCUCUCUCUCUCACACUCUCUCUCUCUCUCGCUCUCCCUCAUCCACUCGCAGAGCGCGAGCCAGUCGGUGCAGCGCAUUCCUCAGGGCUGCAGCGCGAGAGGCGCACGAGACAGCGAGAAAACGCGAGGAGAAAGAGCGGCAGGAAGCUCGCGAGCUGCUGGUGGAUUUUUCUAUAUGAUGCUUUAUUUCGCUUACCUCCAGUUUUCUUCACGCGGAGCUGCUCUCGCGCUGGAUUAACUCUGAACCAGUUUAAACUGUUUUUAGUGGAUUAUAAUCGGCAGCAGUGAGGACCUGACUCCGGCUGAGCUCCAGCUCCGUAAAGCGGGAGAGGCGCAGGGAGAAGCAGCCCGGGCCAUGGCCUCUGGCCUCUAACUGCCACAGAACGCCAAGAAGCUGCUGAAGCCAAACUGAGUGUGUGUGUGUGUGUGUGUGUGUGCACCUGCAUCAAUUUGUUUCUGACCGAGUUGGCUCUGAUUUAGCAGCAUGAAGAAUCUGCUUCCAUCACUUUUGCUCCACGUCCUGGCGCUUCUUCUCACGAGCCAGCAGUGCUCAGGAAUCCGAUGGCUGUCACUUUCAGCAUCAUCGCAGCACAUCAAUAAGACUCAGCAGUGUAAGACUCUGCCUGGCCUGGUAACGUCUCAGGCUCAGCUGUGCCGCACUAACCUGGAGCUCAUGCAGACCAUCGUCCAGGCAGCUCGUGAGGUCAAGAAGACGUGUCAGAAAACCUUCGCUGACAUGCGCUGGAACUGCUCCUCCAUCGAGGCUCCUAAGUAUCUUCCUGACCUGGAGAGAGGAACGAGGGAGUCUGCAUUUGUUUACGCUCUCUCUGCGGCCGCUAUUAGUCACACUAUAGCUCGGGCGUGCACAACCGGAGACCUGAGGCUGUGCUCGUGUGGGCCGAUCCCAGGUGAGAUACCUGAACCAGGGUACAGGUGGGGCGGCUGCGCUGAUAACCUGCACUACGGCCUCGUCAUGGGCUCCAAGUUCUCUGAUGCUCCGAUGAAGAUGAAGAAGAAGGCUGGCUCACACGCCAACAAACUGAUGCACCUGCAUAACAGCGAAGUGGGCCGGCAGGCGCUGAAAGAUGCUCUGGUGAUGAAAUGUAAAUGUCACGGUGUCUCAGGUUCCUGCUCCAUCCGUACCUGCUGGAGAGGCCUACAGGACCUGAAAGAAAUUGCAAUGGACCUGAAGGCCAAGUACCUGUCAGCCACCAAAGUGGUCCACCGGCCAAUGGGCACACGCAAGCAGCUGGUGCCCAAAGACAUCGACAUCCGGCCAGUGCGAGAAAAUGAGCUGGUUUACCUGCAGAGCUCUCCUGACUUCUGCGCGAAGAAUGACAAACUGGGCUCUGUCGGCACUCAGGAGAGGCAGUGCAAUAAGACGUCCAGUGGCAGUGACAGUUGUGAUCUGAUGUGCUGUGGCCGGGGCUACAAUCCAUACACCGAGAAGGUGGUCGAACGCUGCCACUGCAAGUACCACUGGUGCUGCUACGUCACCUGCAAGAAGUGUGAGAGGACUGUGGAGAGAUACGUUUGCAAAUGAUUUGGCGCUCAUACAUACGCCUGCUUCGGAUCUCGUUCCCUGCCUUCUACGAAGAAAAACUCCACCUUAACCCUUUGAUUCUUCGUUUUUUGGUGUCCAAGUGUGCUUGAGCUCCGGGACUUGUUUCAGGCAGUCCUGCCUAUUCCGACUCAGCUGCUUCUAGAGUUUAUUUGGAACUUCUGUGCUAAGAAUCUGUAUCUCUCAAGAAUCUAGAUUCAGCUAUGGAUCUUUGACAUUCAGACUUUCAGGCUUUACUCAGCUUUUUCCGCUCCAAACCUCUCCAGUCUGCAGACCUAACCAAGCACUAUAUUACAAAGAAGGCUUACUUGUGUUUUAAGCUUUUUUACACAGCUCUGACACAGAAGCUGAACUUUCGAGCGAACAUUGGUUGACGUGGGUGUGAGAAAGUAUAUAUCAACCUUUUUUGCAGAAGCUGCCGUCCUAAAGGGUGUUUUUGUUGUCAUUUCAAAAAAACAUAUGUUCUCAUAUCUGGAAAUUGUGAGUUUUAUUUUCAUAUAGAUUGUUGGAGUCACUCUGUAACAGUGUCUCCUGCCUUCCUCAACAAGAAAGAGACUUCUGUUCUCUGGAACUGGAUGAGUUUUCAAGGGAAGUCCAGUUCCAUACUGGGAGGGAUUAGUGUGCUCAGAUGGUACUUUGCUUUUAGUGGGCAGACAAUGAGAAAAAAACAAGUGGAGUCUGAUUCAUCUCUCGGACUCGCACCUGGAGUAGUUGACGAAUAUGAUUUUAAUGGGAAAAUACCUGCAUUUACUUUUUGUAUUCUCACCAAGAACAUUUGGACUAUAUGUAUUUUGUACGCUGUUACAUUUUUUUGUUUUUAAUCCAAAGUGCAGAAACCAGCUGCUACAGCAAUACUACAAGCAGUGCCACGAACCACUUAUCUGUGGAUGUACAUACUGUCAUUUUUGUAUGCUGAAUUUAAAAAAGAAAUAUUUAUAGACUAAUUAAAGAUUCUUUACCAAGUA